AUGAAUGACCAAUCACAGAAUGACUGCUUAUCCUGCCCUGCCAAAUUCUAUCUAAAUCUUGAGCCAAAGCCUGAGAUUCCCAGUGAGUUUGGAGACAAUACAAGAGAUCCCGCAUUGCUCUCGUUUUCCUGUGGCUUUACCUGUCCAAAAUCGAAUUCCAUACCUAAUAACUCAAGAUCGGAAAUCACAGCCUAUACAACUCAGUAUGCUAGCCAAAAUGAUGGCCAAUUUCCCCCCAAGGAUUUCAGUGCCAAUGCAACACUAGCCAAUUGUGGAAACGGUCAUCUACCAGUCCAACAUCCUCCCAAUGACAACGGCUCAGUCUGUUUUCAGCACAUGCGAUUGGCGCUUUUCACAGAUAAUGAGGAUCUAAUCCAGGCUAAUAGUGAUUCCCUACUUGUGCAAGAUGAGUUUUUUACUUGUGAUGAGCAAGUCGUUGAUAUAUCGAUUCAAACUCCAUGUCUGGAAGGUAGAAGUCUCGGAUUUUCCUCUUCGAAUCGUCCAGUUCCCUCUCAAAGCGGUCCAUCAAACUGCCCCUCAGUGUUCCAUAAAUUAUCCACGGAUACAGAACUAGACAGCAACAGCUCAAUAACUUGGAGUACAGCAACCUCUAAUGCGUUAGAUGAUAAUCUGACGGAGUCCUUCAGUUCACACUCAUCCUUUAAUCCGGCUUCAGUAAAGCUCAACGACUCUAGAGGCACCAGAGGAUUCGUGAGAGACUCUUUAGACUCACUGUUUUUUGACGCAUCUUCCCUUGUCCACCAUCCCUCACCUUCCAUUGGGACAGCCAACUCGCAGCUGGUCUCGAAUGGACACACGAGAAAGGAUAUAAAAGUGGAAGGAGAUAGGUUUUAUGAUGCGGAAACUAAUGGGCUAGUGAGGGAUACAGAUUAUAAUUUAGAAGAAUUUCCAAAAAUGGCAGAAGCUGGAGAUGAUGAAUCUUGGAGAAACUGCCUACAGAGCGUAGGCCCGUUAUCCAAGACUAUCGAUAAUGAAAUCCUUGAUCCUGUCUUUGGGAAAAGUAUAGGAGAUCACCUAAAAGUCUACAAGCCACCGACUAGGAAACUGGGUCAGCUAGAGGUUUCCAAUACCGAACGUAGAGAUAAACAACCAGAAAAUCAACUUGGCAUCUUAACGGCCGGUAAUAGCCUUUCAGUGACGGUGAGCCUUCCUGACAAUGACAAAUUUGAUGUAGAAAAACUAAGCAAUAUGGUCAGUACGGAAAAUUCUCCGAUCGCCGAUUUCGAACAAGGAGGUCGGUCCAUAAAUUUUCUCUCUGCCUACGCGUCAGAAGAUGAAAACAAACAACGUUACCAUGCAAAUGCAACACAGCAUCACUCAGCAGAUACUCGCCUAGCAAAAGCGGGUUCAUAUCUCGACUUGCCAGAGUACAGAGCCGGACGUAGAGAUUCCGUGCACUGCACUGAAGGCAGAUGGAUUAGUGAUCUCAAUCUCUAUACGCCCGGUCAGGAUAAAGUUCUAACGAAAAAUAAGGAUGAUUGUCGAAAUAUAGUUUUGCCUUUAUCUUUCAAGUGCAAUUCAAUAGCAGCAUAUCAGUAUCCAGGUUGUUCCAGAUCAUCUGGACUUGUGGGACAUGGCGAAGCAAACAAUAUCAAGCCUGAUCUUGAUGCACUUAAGUGCGCCUUGAGAGAAAACCACCUUAAGGCCUUCAACCAAACUGUGUCUGACCCUACCAAAAAUGUCGGCACAGGCCACAUGCUGCUAAAACCCUUACCAACUUGUCAAUAUUCAGCAAACUAUGCGAAUCAUGCUCACUGUCCAUCAUGUCUGUACCCAUACUUUGUAUACAAUGGCGUACGUAAAGGCCCUAAUCAAAAUUACCUUUAUCAACAGAGUAGCCACGAAGGGUUGGAUGCUGAAAUGGAUUCUAAUAGAUUGCAAUCUUUUCGGCCAAUUUUACAGACAAAUGAAUACAAUUUAUACCGAGAGUCAGUAGUCGAUCAGUCCAAUCUGGAAUCAGUACAAGGAGCACGCAUGCCCUUCUACCAAGUAGUCCAGAAUGCCGGACGAUCAGCUGGUCUUCUGGGGUCAGAAGGAUAUUGCUACCAUGGAGACCUGAUUAGUGGUCCCUGCAGUGCACCUGGAAAUACUCAAAGAUCUAUAGGCUCAAGUAUCAAAUAUGGAAGUGAUUAUCUCAUCUCUCCCAGCAGCAUCGACCCUGCAGCUCCUGUAGGCGCCUGGGCGUUAGCCUGGGCAGCUGGCGUUCAUGGAAGAACUACUCGACAUGAUACUAGCACCUUAUCUUCGGGGCGGUCCGGCACAGCGAUCUCGCCAACAGUGACCGCGGCCAACCUUCCAGGCAGCAGUUUUCUUAUGGGUCAAAGGUUUUCAGCCAAAAAAACUCAGAUAACCAACAGUUGUGGUGCAUCACAAGCUGUUGUAUCAGGAUCAAUAGCCGGUGGCAAGACUAAAGGAAUCAUAGACAACAGCAUUACACGACCUUAUCGACACGGCAUUAAGUCGACUUUAGAAGAAGAAAUGUCGCUUGCUUUUUACGACAAGCUAGGUUAG